GAAAAUUAGCACCCACCAACCACUCCACCAAGUCGUAUCACUUCUGUUUCGUGCUCAUAGUCUUGGCCCAUGUUUGGUGUUUUGUAGUCUUUUUUGUAAUCUAAGUCUGUUGCCCAUCACAGGGUGGUCCUCUGUCAUGUUUUCUUUGUUAUUUUAUCUGCACUCUCUUCGUUUCGUCGUCCCUGCCGGCAUAAUGAUCGGAGUUGCGCCUCAGUAUUUGUCCAUGUGGAUGGCAUGGCGCUUACUGUCGGCACCUUUGCCUCGUCGUGUAUACGAGCGUGGAGAUGAAUGCAUGUACGACAUGUAUCAAUCUCUGAUAUGCUUUUUCUUUGAGACGUACACGGGAGCAGAGGUGAUUCUUUAUGGUGAUCAAAUACCCUGGGAUAAAAAAGAGAAUGUUGUAUUCCUAUGCAAUCAUCAGAGUACAGUUGACUGGCUUGUUGCAGACCUUCUAGCAAUUCGACAGGGAUCUUUAGGCCGAAUUAGAUAUAUCUUGAAAGAUGGGCUGAAAUUCUUGCCACUGUAUGGUUUCUACUUUGGUCAGCAUGGUGGCAUUUAUGUGCGACGCAGUGGACCUCGUGACCAUUAUCAUAUUAUCAGAAAGCUUGACCAACUUAAGAAAAAUAACACCCCAAUGUGGCUGGUGAUAUUUCCUGAAGGCACAAGGUAUAACAUUGAUAGACCAGAAAGCAUAGAAAAGAGCAAGGCAUUUGCAGAGGGAGAAGGUCUACCUGUACUGCAACAUGUCCUUACUCCAAGAACCAAAGCAACAGAAGCUAGCCUAGAGGCUGUUGGAGAUUAUAUAGAUGCUGUAUAUGACGUGACGAUAGCUUACAAAGGAGUGACAGAAAACCCUUUACCACGCACUGCUGCUAAAGGAAUGCCUGACUUUUUAGCAUCAUGGGGCCAACAGGUUCACAUUUACUGCCACAGAUACACUCCUGAACAAAUCCCCAAGAAUGAGGAAGACAGGAGAACGUGGGUGCACAAAUGCUUUGUUGAAAAAGAUCAGAUUCUUUCACGGUUUUAUAAUGAACUAGGAGGGGGUAAAUUUCCGGGUGUUCCUAGACAGCGACGGUUGUCAUGGUUGCGAACCACACCCUACCUGGCGUUUUGGUUGGCAACACUUGCUCCAUUCAUAUUCACAAAGUUGGGGCGAGCAGCUUACUGGAAGAUGUGGCUGGUCACUGGUUUUGGUUCUGUUACAUACAUGGCUUUGUUGUUCGACAAGUUGCAAGCGUAGCUGGUAUGGCAUAUAAUCUGCUCAUUGAACUUUUUGCAUUUUGGAACUUGCUUAAUGUAGAGAGAUGAAAAGUGCAACCUUGAUCAGGUGUCUUUUAAAAAAGGUGUAUGAAAAAAUCAUCAAAAACGUUAUUUCUUAACAAAGACUCGCCAAGUCUUAUCUACAGUAUGUAUAAUAUAUUUUACCCCCACCUCACAGAAAACUCUGUAUUCAAGAGCGGGAAAUAUGAUUUAAAGCAAUAUUUAUCCUAGGUCUUUUUGAUAUAUAUUUUUUAACCUAGGGCUACUUUAAGUUAUAAACAAUAGGUUAAAUAAAAAUAACUCUAACCUC